UUAUUAUAAUAAAUUUUUUGUUUUGACUUAUGAAGAUAUAGUAAUAAAUAUUUUCUUUAUAACACAUUAAAAACUAACAAACCUACUUACAAUUUGUAUCUAUAACUCAAAAUAAGAGGCCAAUGACUGUCACAUGGUUUUCAUAACCUUAAAAACAGUGAUUGGCCAAGUUGGUUAAUGUUUGUCGUGUAACAAUAAGUUUUCGAGCUUCUUAAAUACUAUAAUAUUACUUUUAUUCGGAGCAAAAAAACUUAAUUAAUAUUAAAAUGUUUAUAAUAUUUAGAAUAUAAUGAUAGUAUUUAUUUAUAUUUAUUACUUCUUUACUACAUGGCCAAUUACUGUUGGGAGGCCAAUAACUGUACUGUUUACAUCUACCGCAUUCGAUAAAAACAGCACGAGAUAAAAGACGAGAUCGAAUCGCGUGUUGUUGUAACAGGAUUGUGAGAAAAUGUUUUUAGUAAGAAUCGUUAAAACAAUCACAUCGAAUCCGGUCAAGCGGCAUUUUAAAUUCUAUUCGCACCACGCUUCGUCGAGAUCCACGGUUCACCCUCCAAACUCUUUAGGAGCUUUACGAUUUUGCAGCGACAAUCCACCAAAAUGUUGGAAUUGUGACUACAUGUACAAGUCCGAGCUUUUCUGUUCGAAAUGCAAAGUGUUACAGGAACUACCACGGAACUUGAAUUAUUUCGACAUCAUAGGAAUCAAGAAGGAUUACAAUGUAACGAAUAAAGAAAUUCACGAGAAAUAUAGGAAUUUACAAAAUAUGCUGCAUCCUGAUAGAUUUGGAAAUAAAUCUGAGAAAGAGAAGCAAAUCUCAGAGAAUUUGUCAUCUAUGAUAAAUAAAGCUUAUACCACAUUGACACAUCCACUGAAAAGAGGAUUAUAUAUGUUAAAAUUAAAAGGUGUAUCAAUAUCGGAAGAAACCACAAGUUUGAACCCAGAAUUUCUCAUGGAGAUUAUGGAACGUAACGAAGAGAUAGAAAAUGCAAUUAAAAACAGAGACAAAGUGUUGGAGCUGGUCAAAGAAUCCAAAGAAAUUCUCGACACUUUAUCAAAACAAGUGGCAGAGGCAUUCGGCAAGGAUGAUAUUGAAACAGCAACAAAAAUCUUAAUAAAAAUGAAAUAUUAUGACAGUAUAGAUACUCGACUAAAGAAACUGAAGCAUGAUUUAGGUAUAGUAGAAUGAAUGUAAAAAUUGUUAGAAAUUACUUUUACUGUACAUUAUUAAGUAAGAUAUCGAAAAUAUGUUUUUACAUGUUUGUA